UCGUAUUGCCGUUCCCAUUCCAAUUCCUCGCAUCUUCUCCGCCGCCGCCGCCGCCGCCGCCGUCGCCGAGGAUGGGGAAGGUACAGCACGCCAUGCGCGCCGCCAAGCUCCCCCGUCACGCCCUCGUCCCGAAGCCCUCCACCGCACCGCCGUCUCCUCCCGCACCACACGGUCCUCGCCCCGCCAACGCCAAGCCCUCCCACGGCAAGCCGCCCCGGAGAACCCCCAGGGACGCCUCCGGCCCCACGGCGGCCCUGGCCCCAGUCACCUCCGCGCCGCCGCCAGCCGAGAAGCGGCGGCCCAUCACCACGCCCGCCGAGCUCUCUGCCGCGAUCCGCUCCACAGUGGACGACGACGUGGACACGGCCGCCUCGCUCGCGCUCAAGGCGGCGCCCGCCAUCCCGCUCCCGGCGCAGUCCCUCGCGCUCCUCCUCCGCCGCCUCGCCACCCACCGCUCCGUCGCCGCGGCGCGGGACCUCCUAGCCUCGCUCCCCUACUCCGCCGCCUCCCCGGCCCCGCGCCCGGCGCUCCUCGCCCUCGCCGACGCGUGCUGCCGCCGCGGCGACCCGCGCGAGAUCGGGCAGCUCCUCCCGGUGCUCGCCGACCACGGCGUCCGCGCGGACGCGCACGUCUACAACUCCCUCAUGAAGGCCCACUGCGCCGCCGCCGACCCCGAGGGCCUCCUCGGCGUGCUCCGCCGGAUGAAGGACGACGGCGUGGACCCCGACCUCGUCACCUACAACACGCUCGUGUACGGCCUCGCGCGCGCCGGGCUGGUCGCCAAGGCCAGGACCUACCUCGACGCCAUGGCCGCGGCCGGGCACUUCCCCGACGUCGUCACCUACACCUCGCUCAUGAACGGGAUGUGCGUCAAGGGCGACGCCCUCGGCGCGCUCAGGCUGCUCGACGAAAUGAGGGCCAAGGGGUGCGAGCCCAACGGCCGGACCUACAACACGCUCCUCAUGGGCCUCUGCAAGAACAGGAAGCUCGACAAGGCCGUCGAGGUGUACCGGUCCAUGGUCGGUGCCAGCAUGAAGCUUGACCCGCCGGCGUAUGCGACGUUUGUCAGGGCGUUGUGCCGCGCCGGGAGGGUUCCGGAUGCGUACGAGGUGUUUGAUUACGGGAUGGAGAGCAAGAGCUUUCCAGAGGUGACCGCUUACACUGAGCUCGAGAGCUCGCUCAAGUGGCUGCGCAAGUUGAAGGAGUAGAAUGGAUGAAGGUGCGAAGAACGAAAGUUGUAAACCCAUUGUCUCCUGUUGCUUGCUGAAAGACCCGUAAGACCAAGGUGCGAAGAAUUGAGGCUGUAAGCCGUUUGUCUUCUGUUUCCCUGGUACUUGCUUCAGACUGGUUUCACUGAAUUGCAUUACCUAGCUAAUUUUUCGCUACAUUGAAUUAAGCAAGUGCAUUUGAAACUACUCAAAUGUUUGUACAGAGUGAUGUAUUUCAUAUAUCAAAUCACAUGUAAGUCGAAAUUACCUAAAAGGUUGAUUAUACCAUGUGUUCUGCAAGAAUAUGUCAAGACAUCUUACUCAUAUAUCAAACUUUGUUAGCUUGAGCCUUGAUGUAGUGUCUUGGUGUAAAAUAACAUAGAGAGGAAAGAUUGCCAUUCACAAGUGAGGAAUCUAUAAUAUCUAUAAAGUUCAUCCCCACUAUAAAUCAUUUAAUGUUUGCAAGCUGAAACCUGGUGUAGCCACAUCACCCCAAUUUUUGUCAUCUGUUGGAUUUCAAAUACAUGGUCCUAAUUAUCAAGAGUCACCUGGUCACUACUUUUUUCACAGAUUGCCGCGAGUAGUAUUGUUUUUAGCAGCAGAGUAGCAUUAAGAGAUGCUGUCGUUUGACUUCCCAUUCCACUUCGUCUUCUGACUCCCUGUGGCUUCCUCUUCCGCCCCUUGCAUUUAAUCACGAAAGCUAGCCAUUCGUUCUCCUCUUCUUUCUACCGCAGCUCAGCAUCGUAGGCCUCCUUCACUGUCUCAGCCACCGUUCAUGCACCACCUCUAGGUGCCACCGCACAAGCAGUUUGGCUACCCAUUGUUACAAACACAUCAGCGCCUUCUUGAUUAUCCUCGGUUGCAGUAUUUCAUUUGAGCACUGAGAACUAAUCAGAUUUGAUGGUGGAAUUGAUGGCGCAAGCACUCAGGCACCCAUGCUCCAUUAGGGGCAGAAUCAGUCCCAUAUGGAUCAUCGCCACUUCCCACACCUGCAGAUAUUUUCUGAAGUUAUGAUUUGAUCGGAUUGCAGUUUUUCUCCUUACUACCGAAGGAAGUCUCCUCCUACUAUGGUUUGUCUGGUAAAAAUUAAUAUUGGAUAUUCAUGCACCUUGCGUCCCUGUUAUCAUAGAUAUGUCAAAGAUAUCAAGGCAUACCUCUUUGAGAAAUGAUCAUAUAAGGUGCAUCGCUGUUGCCAGACUGUUGAAGAUCUGCAAUGCAAGGAAAAUUCUUUUUAUCAGGGGGACGCCUGCAAGGCUGUUGCGCUUUCAUGUACUAUUUGGCGAGUUAUUAUACUCCAUUUGACAUUAGCCGAACAAAAAAUAACUGGCUAAGAUAUCUAAAGUUACAUUCCCAUGGCUGGGAUGUGGAAAUGUGUAGGUUAUUCCGUUUCAUAUGCUCCAAGGUCCAUGCUGAUUUUGAUCAUCUAUAUAGUACACUCUGGUGAACUGUGAAGUGGACUUGUAGGAUUUUAUCUCAUAAUUUGGUAGUUCCCGCCUGUUGUCAAAUUUUUGUGGACAAGUCGACUGACAUGAUGACACGAAUGACUUGCUUAAGUUAAUGUGUUAUUCACUUUAUUAUCUUCAUGUUGUAUCUAGCAGGGGAUCUUAACAUUCAAUUUCUAUAGUGUCCCUUUUUUUGUGUGUGUGUAUUUUUGUUAAACUCUUAUGUAAUUCUGGCUGGCGAUUGUUGAGUCUUGAAAUGGCACUUGCCUUGCGCUUUUGGCAAUAUAUGGUGUUGUUUGUCA